UCAAAAUAUUCGCACGCUGCCACGUUCAUCUUCCUCCCUUCUUUUUAUCUCACCACUUUCCUCUCCCGCCAACCUCUCUCGCCCUCUCCUCUCUCUCUCUCUCUCUCUGUGCCUCCCUAGACUUCUUUCUUGUCUUGUUUAUCAGAGCUAAACUCUCUCUCUCGCUCUCCAAACCUACUCUUCCUUUCUCUCCAGAAGCUGAGACCUUUCUACAUCGCUCGGGUCGCUCGAUCGAUCACACUCGCCUUCUUGUCCAAACCCUAGCGCUCAUUAUGACAAAUUCAACUAAAUCAUCCAACCCAGACGGGUUCUUCGCUAAUCCCAAUCCUCCACAGUUGUAGAAGGCCAAUAAUUCGAGUCUUGGGGGCUCAAGAUAUGUAAUUUUGAUUACCUGAACCGGUAAAUGUUUAUAAUUUGAGAUCUUGAAAUUGUUCAAUUAUGUUAAUUAUGAAGUGCUUGAAUUUCAAUUUUGAUGACUGAUAUGAAUCUUGUCUGUCAUUGUUGAAAGAAAAAGAAAGGAAAAAAAAACGAUAUUGUUUAUUAGGAUUUGAUUGAUGAUGCCUCGGGUUUUUGAUGCAAUGAGGGGGACUCCACCUGGAAUUUCGCUUAUAAGAAGAAUUAGAGGCAAGGAGUGGAGUCUAACAACCUAUAGAUAUGUUGUUUUGUUGGUUACUUUUAUAGCAUAUACUUGUUACCAUGCUUCUAGAAAACCCAGUAGCAUUGUCAAGAGUGUUUUGGAUCCUGACCCUAAGAAGGUUAAUGGGGCACAUCCCUGGCCAAUGGGUGAAUUCUUUGUUAAGAGGGAAAUGGUGGGUAUUGAAAUGAAUAGAUUGAGAAAUGGUGGUUGGGCACCAUUCAAUGGAACGGACGGGACCUCAAAAUUGGGAGAGAUUGAUGUUGCAUUUCUUGCGUGUUACUCGCUAGGGAUGUAUGUUGCUGGGCAUCUGGGGGAUACGUUGGAUCUCCGCUUGUUUUUAAGUACUGGGAUGAUUGGGAGUGGUAUUUUUGUUGGGCUUUUUGGAAUGGGUUAUUUUUGGAAUGUUCAUGCGUUCUCAUUUUAUUUGGUCAUGCAAAUGGUGGCUGGGUUGUUUCAGGCCACAGGUUGGCCAUCGGUUGUUGCUGUUAUAGGUAAUUGGUUUGGAAAGAGGAAGAGAGGUUUGAUAAUGGGUGUUUGGAAUGCUCAUACAUCUGUGGGGAAUAUUAGUGGCUCGCUUCUUGCUGCUAGUGUUCUGGACUAUGGUUGGGGCUGGUCUUUUAUACUUCCAGGUGCUUUUAUCUUUUUGGGAGGGAUACUUGUGUACCUGUUAUUGGCUGCUUAUCCUGAGGAUGUUGGGUUUCCUUGCCCACAUGGUUUGGCUGCAAAUGCAGAGACAGUGCCAGAUGAUGAAGAAGCUCUGAUUAGAAAAGGAGACUUGGUGGAAGCUGAAAAGAACACUGUUCCUCGGUUGGCAUCAAUGAAUAGGAAAAGUGUCGGGCUUCUUGAAGCUUGCCUAAUACCAGGAGUGAUACCCUUUGCGUUGUGCCUCUUCUUUGCAAAGCUUGUGGCCUACACAUUUUUGUAUUGGUUACCAUUUUAUCUAAGUCAAACAGAAAUUGGUGGAGAAUAUGUAUCUGUAAAAUCAGCUGGAAAUCUUUCUACUCUUUUUGAUGUUGGGGGUAUUUUUGGCGGGAUUUUAGCUGGCUACAUAUCUGAUAAACUCAAAGCUCGGGCAACCACUGCAGCCAGCUUCUUGUAUGCGGCAAUCCCUGCAAUGAUUCUAUACCGCACAUAUGGGAAUAUUUCAAAGACGCUUAAUAUUGUACUUAUGAUGAUUGCUGGUUUGUUCGUAAAUGGACCCUAUGCUCUUAUCACUACUGCAGUCUCUGCAGAUCUUGGUACACACAGCUCUCUCAGAGGGGAUGCUCGAGCAUUGGCAACAGUCACUGCCAUUAUUGAUGGUACUGGAUCGGUUGGUGCAGCUCUUGGCCCUCUUCUUACUGGAUUCCUUUCCACGAAGGGAUGGGAUGCAGUGUUUGUGAUGCUAAUGGUUUGUGCUUUUAUUGCUGGUCUUCUUUUAUCUCGUUUGGUCAUAAUUGAACUUACCGAAAGAAAUAGCAAACAUAAAUCUUUAACCAGUGGGCAGCACACUCCUGGAGCUCCAGCAUCUCAACCCCUUCUAAGUGAUCAGAGGUGAUAUCAGGAAUGGCCUCAUGAAGUAUAGUGGUAUUCAGAAAACAAGACCAAAUGGUAAACACAAAAGUGGUUAGUUAAUUGUCUGUAGUAACCUAUAGAACCUUUUGUAUUUGUGAAAUCUUGAUAUCCUCAGAUGCUGCUUAUAGUGAAACCUUUGUUGUUUGCUGUUCUGUAAUAUAAGCUGAUAAGCAAUACGUAGAAUUUUUUGGAUUGGA